CGUUCGACAACGCGCGCGUAUGCAUGCAUGCGCACAAGGUGUUCGACGUUUUGUUUAGCACGUUUGGCAACGCGCGCGUGUGAGCGCGCUCGUGGUCGAGGGCGCGAGCGUAACCGCGCUUCCCGGAUUCCCGGGCCCUUUUCCCAACGGGCAACACCAAAUCCCAGGUUUUCUCUCUUCGCUCUCAUUCCUUUCCCUUCUCCCAAACCAAGAAUCCCUCCUCCCUCCAAAGCCUUCUCAUUCUCAUUCUCUUCUCUAUAUUUCCAAUCCUUCAACCCUCCUUUCCAUUCCGUGCUCCUCAAUGCUCGCCUGGGAGCCUCUCCGCUCCUCCUCCUCCUCCUCCUCCUCCUCCGCUACCUCCUCUUCCUCCUUCGUAUCGCCAUCCUCGUCGGCGUCAUCUCUGGUCUCCUCCGAUGACGAGCAUAGCGCCGGCGAGGUUGGCAUUGGGGAUUCCUUCUAGCCGGCGAAGGAGCUUCUCCUAUCACCUCCUCCCUGAGCCGCUCAUCCGCCUCACUAUCCUCAAGCUGGAUGACACCUCCUUUGAUGUGCGGAUCGAAAGAUCGGCUGCGGUUUGGGAGCUGAAGAUCGCCGUGGAGGAUGUGUUCGAUCGGCCAGCCGAGGAGGGUGGAGUUGUUAUCUCUUGGCCUCAUGUAUGGGGUCUCUUCUGCUUGUGUUAUGGUGAUCAGAAGCUGAUUGAUGACAAGGCUAUUCUCCGGAACUUUGGAAUCAAAGACGGUGAUCAGCUUCGUUUCAUGAGACAUCACUCAGGUGACAUAAAUGUUGUCCAGAAUCGCCCAAGAAGACGUGAAAAAGUUCCACGGCAGCACUUCUUACUAACAGUACCUGAGGUAGAAGUUGAGAAUCACAAGGAUGAGAGGGAAGAGAAUACAAGUCCCGGCCAAUAUGAAGAUGAAAACUCCAAUAUCGACAUCGAUGAGGUAAACCUGAUCGGCCGUUCAGAGUUCAGAUUGGCUGAUUGGAUACGGAGAUGGCUUUCUUGUGCUGGUUUACAGCAGAAUUACAGAAAAACAAGAUCCAUACACAACACUCCGUUCUUAAAUUCAGACGAUGAUUUGGAGGAUUGAAUCAAACACUGAAGAGAUGACACAGUCUUAAGUAAGAGAUCUUUUAUAGAAAAAAAAAACAAAAACAAAAACAAAGAGCCAGGUUCAUGCAUGCCCAUGGAUAAAUUCAACAAUUUUCUUCGAAGAUUUAUGGCUAUGUUGCUAUUAUUGCAUUUUGGUUGACCGAACAUAAUGAUCUUCAUGAAGUUUGGAAUUCUCUUAUGUUAGUUAAAGAUACGGCAUUGUAUGAAUUGCAUCAGGUUUGGGUUUUAUCCCUUCAGAUUUACUUAGCAUUUCGUAGGUUGAUCAUGUACAGAAAACACCCUUGAAUUGUUUCAUUUUGAA